AUGCCAGGAAGCAAGAGACCUCCACGAAAUGAUCUAGAUAUCCCGAGAAAAAGAUUCAAAACUGCACUUGAAAGCUUAGAUAACACCCAAGAAAUGCUUUCUUCAUCUAAAAAGCUAGACUAUAUUACAACCAAACCUUCUGAUUUAUUGCACUCUGUUUUUAACGUAAUUCUUAAAUAGGGCGGAGUUCAGUCGCGCAAAGUGAUGACUGUCAAAACAUUAAAUUUGUUUCGACACAAGAUACCAAAUCAAAGAUGCAAGGAAAAUAGUGAUAUAGCGGCUACUUUUAAGAGCAUUUUAGAAAAACGAACAAAAACCUUAAAGUUUGACACAGAAAGCUUCAUUGAAAGUGAAGAGAUAAAAUCGUAA